AUGCGGGUGCCCCUGGAGAUUUUCCGCAUUAUUCUUGACUAUGUUACGGGCAUAUACACUCGACUGGAGCUUUUGUCUUUAAGACAUAUCAACAGUCGAUUCAAUGAAGAGAUCUUAGUGUACUUGUUCUCCGAAAGAUCACGAUUUGAGGGCGAGAAAUUGAUCCGUGGUAAUAUGUUCCAUCGAAGAAUGAAACGAGGCAAGUUAUUUGCUUUUGGCGCUGUGUUCGACGAUGCACCGCUGUCGCUGCAAGAACGAUAUGUCUACUAUCGUGCCACUCGGCAUCAUACUGAGCCUAGCCUCUUUACGUGUCUUUUUAUCCCGGUCUACGAACGCCAGUUGAUGAAACUCGGUGUCGCGGAGUGGGACAGAGCUACACGAGACGCAAAGCUUCGUGAGUGGUGUCUGCUACCGAUGCACCAAGACUGGAACAUCGGAUGGGUUGUUGCGCACCGCGUGUCUACACUCGAGAACAAAAUCUUGCGUUACACAGCAAAUUGUGGGUUCGCGAAUGGAAUUUACGACAAUUGGAACGAUGAGCACACAGUUGAGGCGCGGCGCCAAAAACGCAUCGAGAACGACUGCACAUUUCUGGAGAUUUGCUGCGCAAUACUCCAUAACGAUGAAGAUGCAGUGCUAGAAGCAUUCCCAGGGUCCUACAUCUUCGCCGACGAUAUGAAUAUCUGCUUCGGAACCACGCUACUCGGAUUUGCUAUCAAACGAGGGACCCCGUCGAUGCUGAAGCUCUUGUUACGCCCCGUACACUCUACUGAGCAAAGACGUCUCUACGUCUAUCUUCAGUUGGCUUUGAGCAGGUCUGAAUCAGCUGAUGCGAUCUUCAAUAUUCUGUUGGACAACUUCUCUGGCUUCGAUACAGCAAAGAAAGCCUUCACACAAAACCUCCUACACAAAGCCAUGAACAAGAAGAAUUUCCUUAUGUUUGAUGCUUUGAUACGCUGGAUGGUAUCUGUACCAGCCUUCUCCCGACACCAUAAACGAUGGAUACUGGAGGUUUGCUUCCUACAGCUGUUUUCCAACAACCAAGAAGUCAGUUUGGAAAGAGUGUUGCCCAGAAGGCCACGGAACCGAUGGAGAUUCCACGAAAACCAACAAGAAAUGGAACGCUGGCUCUCUGAGAGCAAGCCCAGAGACUUUCUUACAUAUCCUGUCCCUGGUCUCCGUCUCCAACAAACAGCCACACUGAAUAUCCUCCCAGCCUAUCAACUAGGUGCAUAUUACAGGAACAGGCGGACUGAGAGCCGACUAAAAUACUACGAUGGCCGUGGAUUCAUGUUUGUGGAAACGUAUCCAAACAUACCAACUUGUCUCUUCCUGGCAGUAUCAUUGGGUUUGACUUACUGGGUUGACUGGUUGUUAUGGGCUGGUGCAAAUCCCAGACAUCAGAAAGGCGAAGAAUCCAUCCUGGAGGUUGCUUUUCGACCUGGAAUACAUCAAACACAAACAAGGGAGGGUGGUCACAAGUUAGAGACCGACAGGAUAAAAGUGCGGGCCCGAGUGGCUGAGCUUCUGCAACAUCAUGGCUGGGAUGCUAGAAAUUUGGAAGUCGAUCUUGGAACCAUACCUAAACCCAAACCGGCCCGCGCCCAGCCAAGUGUAUAUGACUACGACUACUACUACAGCUACUACUACGACCUCCGCUUGGAGCAGAGCAUUGAUCUUGAGCAGUGCAGAAUGCUUCAGCCGCUUUUGUGA